AUGAAAAUAUCAAAAGAAUUUUUUGAUUUACCAUCAAAUAUAAAAAAAGAAAUAAUUAGUUCAAAACAUUAUCCAUAUGGUUAUAAUGGUUUAAAUGAUGAAAAUUUAUCACUUGGAUACAAAAACUCAGCAACAAUUUUAUUAUCGGAUGUGAAAGAAAGUUUUUCUAUUGGACCGGAACAUGAACAAAAAAUACGUUGGCCAUCAAAAGCUUUAUAA